CUCAGCGCUCCGCGCCGCCUCGGGCGCGCCGUCUGGUCUCCUGGGCGACGCGGGGUUUCCAGCUCGCGGCUCGAAACACCUUGCGGGACUAGACGUGCGAGCCUUGAAGUCGGCCCUGCGGAUAGUCGGCGUGAGCCAACCGCCAGCCGUAAUUAUCUAAAGAUGAAUGCUGUAAAGUUACCAACGUACAGACAGAACAGCAGAUUGCUAGAAUGUGGUCCAAAGGAAAAGCUGAUCAUUGAACCCAGUGAAGCAAUGUCAAAGAAUAAAGUUUCUACAAAAGUUAUUGAAAAUAAAAUCUCUCAAAAGAAUAUUGAUAAUAGAGAAUCUACAAAGAGUAUUGAAAAUAAAGAUAGAGAAACAAACUUACAAUCAAAACUGCGGUCAUUUUCCUUAAGAGAAAGCAAAGGUGAAAUUUGCAAAGAUGUUGUCAUAGCAGAACAGGAGAAAAAUAAUGAAUAUUCCUAUCAGGAAGCUGAUGUUAAAUUGUCUGAAUCCAUAGAUGAUGAUGAAGAUACUGGUGGUGAAGAUUAUGAAGAUGAUGGUAACUCUACUAAGGAGACUCAUGCUCCACUAGAGUUAAUGGCAGAAUUUCUGAGAGCAGAAAUGGGUCACGACUACCAUCUGGCAAAAAAAUUAUGUGAAAUGAUCCUGAUCUAUGAACCAGAAAAUCCUGAAGCCAAGGAGUUUUUCUCAGUUAUUGAAGAAAUGUUGCAGAUGGAGAAAACUCAGAGUCCUGAGGAAGGUGAUGAAGAGAGUGAAGAGGACAGCAGCAGCGAGAGUGACGAAGAAAGCAGCGAGGACCCCAGCGAAGAAAGCUCUGACGAAUGCGAAGACGACUGACCAGACUUGCUGCUGUGCUAUAAUUGCUGUGUGUUUUCAUUACUGCUUGCAUGAAAAUAUAAAGGAUUCUGGGAUUUUUUUUCAUUAUUUGAUAUAGAACUCUCUUGGAUUUUUUUUAAAUUUUGCUUUGUUUGGCUCCCAAGCAGUGCUCAGGGAGCCCAGGAGACAUUCCCAGUGCUAUUUGACUCAGCUGUGUGCACCUGAAGAUUCAGUGUUCAGGCCAGUAAAGUGCUUCUUGGGCCCAGGGAUGUUCAGAGCACCACACAAUGCCAAGGAUCAAACUUGGGGGUCCCCACAUGUGGUGUAUGGGCUCUACCCCUUUGAACAAGCUCUGCAACCCUGUCAGAGUUCUCUUGAUUUAUAUCCAUAUUCUUAGCUUGAACUCCUUAGUAUUGAGGUGUUAGAUUAGUAAAUUACCCAGAGAAGAAAGUAAUCACUGAAAUCAGUUACAUACCACCGUAUGCUAGUUACUGUUCAAACAGCUUUUCCCAUGUUGAUUCAGUCCAGCUACCCCAUAGAAGUACUAUUUUUGUAUUCGACAGACUGAGAAAAUGGUCACAGAGGAGAAAGAGGGUAGUUUUUACUGCAUCAUACAGUUAUUGAUUGGUCCAUGGACAUUAUAGUCUAUAAUCAAGACUUUGAGCAUCUCCCAUAACUACCACUUCAGUCACUUCUAUCUCCAGGCCAUUCAGCUGUGUUUUAUACCACUUGUUUUAUGUUCUUUGUAGCAUAAAUUAGUACCUGAUAUUAUUAUUCAUUUUUACUUUCCUGCAAAAAGUAGUUUCCUUGAAGCAGAAUUUUGUCUUUCUCUGUUACAUUCCUAGCAAUUGGACAAGUGUGAUCAAUAAUGGGAGAGAGUGUGUGCGCUAUAUGCACAUACACACCAAGUAAAGAGAGGGGUUUUGUUUGGUUUUGGGUCUUGGGCCUCACCUGGCAAUGCCCAGGGGUAACUCUUGAUUCUCGCACUCCGAAAUUAUUUCUGAUAGGUCUCAGGAGACCAUAUAGGAUGCUUGGGAUUGAAACCAGGUCAGCCACAUGCAAGGCAAGCACCCUACAGUCAGUAUUAUUCUCCAGUCCCAAAAGAAGUUAUUUUCCUCUGUGAAACAUUUAUAAGACUUUAUAUUUUUUUAUUGCUCCCUUCCCUUCAUUAUUAUUAUUAAAAUUAUUAUUAUUAUUAAAAUAAACUGAUUUUAUUUUGGGGAAGAUAUCACAUGUAGGGCUGGCUGGAAUGCUCUCAGUUUAGGUCUGAUGCUCACAGUGGCUCACACAUCAGAUUGUGGUGUUCACACUCAGCUGCCAUGCUGGCCAGCCUUGCAUUCUUUCAGCUGUGAUGCUUGCCCACAUUCUGACCAGAGUCACUCUCCUUUAGUUAUGCACGUGCACAAUAUGGUUGUGCUCACCAGCAGUUACCUCAGUGCUCACACGUGCUCGAAAGUGGUCAUAUUUCCUGGUGGAAUGUGACCAGAAAUAUCAACUCAGAGCUUUUAGUUGACUUCUUGCUGUCCAAGGACCUCACUCACCCAGCUACGAUUUGGCUGGAAAUCACUUGUGGGGCCAGGGAUUAUAGGCAGCUGUCAGGCUCACUCGGUCAUGUGACAUUGAACACAACCUUAUACUUGAAGGCAGAUGUUAUAAGCUACGAGCUGUUCCUCCAGAAUAUUCUAAUAUUAGAAUAUUA